AUGACCGCCAGCCUAGUCCGCGGCGCCCGCAUCAAUCGCGACCUCCUCAACAGCCAGCUCAAAUCCCACCAUAUUCCCUGGCUCUUAGGCUCCCACGUUGACCGACACGAAAACGCGCAGGUUAGCCUCCUCUUCCACGCCCUCGGCCUCGACCCCAGCGCCCGCGUCUGUGCUAUGUUCCCCAACUGCUCUUUGGAACGAUCGAUCGACGCGGCCGAUUAUCUCAUCAUCGGCUACGAGUGGAACUACGUCUUGCACGCCAAGGAGGUAGAGGAGGCGCUGCCGAAGAAGCAGAUGCCCAAGGGAUUCGAGGCGGCAGUGCAGCAGAUCGACCCGGAGGCUAGGUAUGGCGUGUGGUGUGUUACUGGGGUGUACCUUAGUAAUCUUACUGCUAAACGCGGGCUUAUAAGGGAUAAUGCUAAAGCUUAA